CGUCCGCGCUACGGAUUGCAAACGGCUCGCCUGGGCCCAGGCGAGGCGUCGUCUUGGUGGGAGCCGCCGUGAGCAGGAGACGACCACCACCCCCCAACUCCCCCCAACUCCCACACCCGCACACGAAUUAUAACGAGACGACAACAACAACAACAUUUUUGUUGUUUUUUUUACAAAGUCGCGAUUCGCACUCGUGAGGUGGUGGCGGUGGUGGUGGGUGGGUAGGCAGGGGGUUAAAGCCUUCGCGCCGUCCCGCGGUUGGCGAAGGAGACGCGGCGGGGGUGGCGGCGGCGGCGGCGUUCCGAGUCGGGGCGCGCUGCAAGGCGACGCGGCGGGGCCCGAGGCCCGGGAUUUGGGCCUAGCGAGAGGGGAGCGGUGGACGUACGGCGCUGCAUUUUUUUUUCCCUCAAUACCCCAGAGCGAUCGACUUGCACUCUGUGGGUGCUCGGUAAAGAAGAUGGAGUGAUGUGGUCGUGAUGAACACUUCCCUAAUGUCCGUGCCUCUCUUCCAGCAAGCAUUCAACCGUGAUGGCCUCCAGGAGUUGCCUGCUGGUAAAAUGGAGCAUGUGGAAACUCACCACCCUCCAGAAACCCAGUCCUUGCCAGGCAAACAGUUCUACUGUUCGAUGGAAGGGUGCGAGGAGGUUUUGGACAGCAUGCAUGUUCUCGUGAAGCACAUGCGCGUGCACCACAAGCCGCUCCGCUACUACAAGUGCGAGAACUGCGGCGCUCGCUUCCGCACGCACCGCGUCGUGUGCAAGCACCUGCAGCUGUGCCUGGCAGACAGCGCCCUCAAGCUGGCGCUCAACCCCCGGCCCGGCAAGCUACAGCAGCAACAGCAGCAGCAGCAACAGCAGUCGGCCGAUGGCAGCUAUGCCGCUCUGCCUGGCGGGGAGACGGUCGGAGGUGGCAGCUGGCAGCAGCACAACGCGCUGAAGGAGCUCCUUUCGUCGUCGGUGUACAGCAGCGCCCAUCAUCAUCAUCCUCAUCAUCAUCACCCGCUGCCAGCGUCUUCGUCGUCGACGUCCUCGUCGUCGAGCUUAUCGUCCUCGUCGGUAACGGCGGCCUUCCGGCAGAAUUUCGGCGGGGGAUCGGCGCGGCAUUCGCAGUCGUUUGCCGGGGCCAGGGCCGGCCACGGGGGCGGCGGCGUGGUCAGGCAGCAGCAGCAGCAGCAGCAACAGAUGUCGUUCACGAACAGCCGACGGCAGCAACACCAGCAACACCAGCAACAGCAUCAGCAGCAGUCGGUGAACACUUCAGCUCAUCAGGUCCAGCCGCACCCUGCAGCCUCCGCCGUCUCCGUGCUGCAGCGAGCACCGACGGCGUCGCGAACCCGGACGUCCCCGGCGCCGGCCCCGCCACCCACCCCGCCGGCGGCUUACCCUCCUGUGACCUUCGCUUACGCUCAGUCGGCGGGGGGCGGCACCAUCGUGUCCAACCCGCAGGCGUAUGCCGUGCCCCAGCAGCAGCAGCAGCAGCAACAGCACCAGCAACAUCACCAACAGCAACAUCACCAGCAGCAACAUCACCAGCAGCAACAUCACCAGCAGCAACAUCACCAACAACAGCAGCAACACCACCAGCACCACGCGAUGGUGUCAGACGGCGGCGCCGCCGCUUACCAGCACGUCUCCUCGGCGCCGCCGCCGUCGUCCUCGUCGUCGUCUUCGUCGUCGUCGGCGACGCUGUCGGCGGCCACCGCCUCGUGCAUCGUGCCCAACGCGCACGCCGCCUUCCCCGAGGCCGACGGCGCCUACGGGAAGGCCUACGCCAAGGCCUACGCGGCCGUCGGUUCCUCUUCGGCCCGCGAGGCCGCCGCAGCGGCGGCGGCGGCGGCGGCGACCCAGCAGUACACCUACUCCAAGCCGAUCCCGCAGCUCAUCUCGGACGCGGCUCACGGCACCCGCGACGCCAGCUACGCCAAGCACGCGCAGCCGUACGUCACGGCCGCGGCUGUGUCUCCACUGUCGCACGCCCAGCAGCAGCAGCAGCAACAACAACAGCAGCAGCAGCAACAGCAGCAGAGUUACAGCAAUGACAGCAGCAAUGGUGGCGGCACGGGCAACAACGGAGACCCAAAUUCGCCGCGCUCCACCGAAGCGUUUGGCUCUCCGGGCCCCAUGCCACGGCUGGUUCCGGUUGGACCGAACGGGCGCAGCAAUGGCAGCCAGGUUUCCGGAGGGAACGCGGCACAGCAGUCUGUUAACUACGGUGGUGGUGGCGGAGGUUCUGGUGGUGGUGGUGGCGGCGGCGUGCGCAGCAAGGCAGCGCCGUUCCGGCAGGAGGUGGGCGGCACAGAGCCCCCACGGGACUCGCCGGCGCUGUUUUCGUACGCGCAGAGCGUGGUGGAGCAGGUUUACUCGUACAACGCACAAGCAGGUAACGGCACCCACCACCAGCAGCAGCAACAGCAGCAGCAACAACAGCAGCAGCAACAACAGCAGCAGCAACAACAGCAACAACAACAGCAGCAGCAGCACAGGAGAUCGGGACACCACCACCACCAUCACCAGCAGCAGCAGCAGCAAAGGCGAUCUGGGCAUCAUCACCAGCAGCAGCAGCAGCAGCAGGAACUCAGCCCCACCACCUCCCAGAGCGACGGCUCCCCAGAGGGCCAGCUCGCAGCACAGCACAACGAGCGCACCAGCUUCCAGUCUCCGUCGUCGGCGGGCACGGCCGCCCGUGCCAAGCCGUACUCGGCGGCGGGGGCGGCGAGCGCCGGCGUGAUCGUGCCGCAGCGCGCGUACGUCCCCCAGGCGCCGUCGUCCUCCUCCUCCUCGUCGUCCUCCUCCUCCUCGUGCUCCUCGUCGUCCCUUGCGACGAUGGCGGCGUCGGCCGAGCCCCAGACGUUCGGGGCCCUGGCGCAGGCGCUGCCGCCGCUGCUCAACAUGGCGGCGCAGUUCUCGGCGGCGGCGCACCUCUCGUUCGGCACGGCGGUCGCCCCGCAGCAGCAGCACCACCAGCAGCAGGCGCAGCACCAGCCGCAGCACCAGCCGCAGCACCAGCAGUCGGUGCAAUUCCCCUACGGCGGCGCCUACACGCUGCCCCCGUUCCAGCCCGUGUUCCGGCCGCAGGCGAAUCUGUUCGCUCACCCGCACUGCCUCCCGUCGUACGCCAGCACGCACUGGCUCGUCAACGCGGGCCAGUCAAGCAGCGGCAUUCCAGUCUGGCAGCAGCCAAGCCACCCGUACAGCUUUCCUCAGGCCCCCUAUCCCAGCAUGCCACGUGAAGAGCCGAGUCUCCAGCGCCACUUGAAGCUGCCCGACUCGGCGGUGCGACACGACGCAGAUUUCGCUGCCGGCGUCAUCGGUUACCACACGGGCGCGAACCUGGUGCCAACACCGUACACGCAGCACAGGGACUUCCCCCCGCAGUGACACUUGCCCCCCCCCCUGUCACCCCCAAGCGCCCCCUUCCCGCCAUCAUACUUUCUCCCUUUGAUUUCUCCGCCCCCCCCCCCCCCGUCCCACUCGGUGGUUGCACUCUGCUUGUUGACAUCGGCUUCAAGAAGGCGGCCCGCUGGAUAUUCACUGCCGGAAACCCCCCUCACCCCCCCCCCCCGCCGAAUUCGGUGGAUUACCACGAUCGGCCGUUUACGAUUUAAUUGGAAUAGCCGUGGAGUGGUGUUGGCGGGGCGGGGUGAAGAAAACAAAACUAACGGCACGAGCAACGGUGCGCCCACUCGCAGAGCCGCACGAAGGCAAACCGACUCCCCAUCGAUGCGCUCGCGUGCAGGCGGUCCCGCGUGACCACCCUUGCUUCGCGGAAAAAAAAAACAAAAAAAAUCUGUCGCGCUCAAACCUCGUCGAGACCACCGCCUAAAAAAAGGGGGGCUUGAGAGCAUGGCCGCGUUUAUGUCGUUUCGACCGACAAACUCAGAGGUUCGAGGUGCAGCCGUCCCCUUGUUGGUUUCUUUGUCCGCGGCAACGCUGCCGAGAGUCCCGCGGGCGGUGCGACCUGUGAGAGCCCAUCGCAGUGUAAACCCAGGGGACGGAAGUCGUAGAUUUGGUUGCGCUUGCGAUUUGAUUCGCCGAAUUUUAGAAUCGUUUUAAUCCGAGAAUCAUAACAAAAAAAACGCUACUGGUGCGCAUCCUGCGAUCAUCGCUCUUGUGUUCGGAGCGCGCACGGUUGCCCAAAGGUGAUAUCGCAAAAAUUACAUCUCAAGCCGAUCGGCGUGGACUUCCUCACCCAAUGCUACCCGGCGCUAUCCCACACAACCCCUCAUGGCUCUAUGGGUGGCGUUUUGUCAUGUGACACACAACAAACCAUAUCAGGUUUUGUUUUAUUUUUGUUUAGUGGCCUUGGGGCUACCAGCUCACCAUGCUUGAGAGAACCCUGGUUUAAUCACAGCCGUAUCUAGAAACCUUAUUCAAACCCAGGGUCACUAGGUGGUUCUGGCUCAUUGACUUCUUGAGCUACAUGGGCCACGUUUCAAGUUAGCCAGAUAUGUACAGUAGACUCUCGAUUAUUUGCGUGUGCGGCUUAUCCGAUUUGCAGAUUAACCGUGCAGGUGAGCUUUUGACGUAAAUUAAUAACUUGUGGAUUUUCCCUUCAAGGCCAAAUUCAUAAAAUAAAAACAGUUAUACAUUGUGAUUCUUGGAAAUGUUCGUUUCAGGCAACGUGCUUAAACAGAACAAAUGUGUUGCUCCAGUUAAUCCGGAAUCCACGUGAUCUCCUCUGCAGUGCAGUAGUUGCAUAUCUUUACAACGGUGGGCGGAUUUUGAUUUGCGUGGCUCUGCGAUCCACUUAGUAGGCCGACUCUUCUGCCCAUCGAGAUCCGUGGAAAAUGUUUUUUUUUUAUUACCCGCGAUUUUGAAUUAUCCGCGGCCGACCUCCCCGUCAUGAUCGAGAGUCGACUGUAUUUGGAACCCCAGAUUAUUCAAGAGAGCCGGACCCAGGCACUACGACAUUUCUUAUAUUUUUUUUACAGAUAACAGCAGGCAUUUGAAAACUGAGAAUAGGUUUUACCCUUUUUCUUCAUACUUUGAUACUGGCAAAAAAGAAAGGUCCCAUGAUAUAGCGGAUAUUUACUUUCAAAGUAAUGCACACUGGCAGUGUUGGGGAGUAAUGUUACUGUAAUCGGAUCACAAAGUCUAUUUGCUGGUAAUAUACUAUAUUACUGUUGGUUUUACUUUGAAAUCGAACCAGGGUGGUAGUGGUAGAGAGAGAGAGGGGGGGGGGGGGAGGGUGCUCACGAGCGUAAGGUUUUGCGAAUUCGAACUUUGGGUUUCCGGGGGUUUCACUCAGUCCAUCCUUCUUCUGCAGGGUCAGUAUCACUUUGCGUGCGGAGGUCAACGGUGAUUGGUCUAAGUUCGUCCCCGUCGUAGAGUCAUAGCGCGGUGCUGUUCUUUCUGUGGCUUCGAGGAACACUUUUUGAAGUGUCCAAGCUCUGCCGGUAGGGGGGUUGCCCCCCCCCCCCCCCCCCCCCGCUACGCUGGAGAGUGCGCACGCGUUGUUGCGUUACGGGGCGCAAUUUUAAUGCGAAGUAUUGUUAAAGAUUGUCAGUUUCAUGAAAGUAAGGGUGCAGGUAUUACGGUGAGUCGAGUUUUAAAAUUCCACCUGGGAUUACAUUAAGUUACUUCUACACCAAGGUUAAUGUUAGCUUGUGACUGAUUACUAAAGCCACCCUCUUUUGACACUGCGCAGUGCUGUAUUUUGAUUUCAACUUUGUUUAGGAAAGUUUAAGAGGUAAAUAAGAUUGUGAGAGGCAAUGUUUCACGUUGGGAGACUUAAAAAAAAAACGUGACUCCGCGUCAUCAUUCAUACUGUGUCAACGAAAUGUCUGCAAAACAGGCUUACGUGUUGCACAUUAGCCCUCCGAAGCAUUUAUUUGCAACGUUAGCCCAUUGCUUCUCUGUAGCAACUGACUGAUGAGCUGAUUGAAAUACUGCAAUCGAUUUGAUCAACCACGCUUUGACGGCACAGGUUUUCCCUCGCUCUGCGCAGGUUCGUUUUGCGCGAUUUCUCGCACGUGCGGCUAAACCCUGCCUACCCAAAAUUCACGAUUGUCAUGCGGUUUGAAUUCACGCGUACGCGGCUAUGCGUUCGAGCAUGGGACAACGUUGCGUGUGCGUAUGCCGUUUGCGCUUCUGCUCUGUGCGCACCCCGCUUUUUCUGCAAUGCAUCUACUACUUACAACUACGAACGCACAAAGCGAGGAAAACCAUGUACGUAUCGUGAGCCUAGGAUUCACGGUGGCGAAUCGUAACACCCGUAGCGAUGAGUGCAGUGAUAUUUACCGGGCUGAUGGUGAACUGCUGUCCGUGUAUAUAUGUGCUGUGGUUAUUAAGGGAUAUUUUGCUUCCUUUACACUAAAGCAGACAUUGGGUACUGUAGGUUAUAUUUGUCUUCGUUUUACGGUGGGUUUUACGACAGGGAAUAGGCCCUGGGAUGUAUCCGAAUGUUGGGCUUCGAUGCGGUAUUAAGAUAAUUUUUAACACAUGGGUGAGAAUGAUUAGGAGAAAAACACGUCUCAAACCUGCUGCUCUGUGACUGUUUUCGAGGUGCGGAUGAUGACUUUUUUUUUGUUUUUACCGUCGGAAAGAGGCCAGUAAGAGUCAGAAGACACCGUGGACGUUCAUUGAAUCAGUUGACGGCGGUAAACUUCCCACGGUAUGGCUGUGUGCGGUGGCGUAAAGGGAGAUGCAACUCAAACAAAAUAUGUUUAGCCUUUUUGUCGAUCAACAAAAAAACCACUUGGGCUCUGUGUCCCCCUCUCUGUCCGUCGGUGGGUUGGAAUUUAUUGAAAAUUCGAGAGUUGUCGCGGCUCUCAGGGGCACCGCUACAGGCGCGCCUUUGUUUGGCGUCGGUCACGCUGCAGUCUCAAUUUGCUUAACCAAAAUGAUCCGUCGAUUUUAGCGUUUUAUUUUAAUUAACGAUGACUUGAUGCCCUCCAAAGAAGAAAUUGAUCCCGACGAUGACGAUGCGAAGGAACCCAAGUUUGAAUGAAUACUCGCUCUUAGAUCAAUUAGUCGCGCUAUUUUAGACCGCAGUGCAUUGAGAUAGAUUUUUU